UAAUUAGGUGGUCGUUGUUCUGUGGGCAAAAGUCAAAACUAUUUUCUAUAAAAAAAUGAUGAAUAGAUGACAAUGUCAACAAAUGUUCAAAACUAAUACUGGAUGCAUAAAUUUACUUUAAUGACUUUAUGAAGCAAUUAUGUCGGAAAACAGCGAAAAUACAACGCCAUCAUUGAGUCAAUACUUUGGACGUGAUUCUGGAGCUAGCGACCAGCUUGAUUUUACGUCUAACCUGUCGGAUACAUCGAAUAAGUUAAAUACCCUUAAAUUAGAUGACAAUCAUUUGGAGCCAGAGAACAAGAACGAGCCUGUAGUGUGUAGACUGUUUUUAGAUAAUGCUUCGCAAUCUAAGGAUCCAACAGCACCGUUUUUUGAUUAUUUCGGAUCAGGUCCUGAUGCUGCUUUAAACCAGAAUAGUGUAGAUAAGAAUGCCAUGAUGCCCAAUUUGGACAUUCCUGCCAUGAUGGAUAGCGGUUACGAGUCGAGGGUUGCAGUGGGAUCUGAAGCAGAAAGAAGAAGAGACGCUUGGAUACCUAGUGAACAAACUAGACAGAUAUUGAUCAAAUGUGUUACAUCAACACCUGGUACUUUUUUCCCAGAAAGAGAAUGCCUGACUAUGCCUGGAGUUCUUCUAGAAGAAGAGCUAGGUGAUAGUGUUGGAGAGGCAGUUACUGUUUGUUUAGGAGAAGCAGAAGCCGCUGAGAGGAGAAUAAUCACAGCAAAUGAUGUAACUCAGGAUGAAAGAGGUUUAAGGGAAUUGGUACAAGCCGGUGCUUAUAGGGCUGCUAUAAAUCUAACCUCAAGACUGUUAGAAAUUUAUGGACAAGGUAGAGGUCGAGCAGGACACCCCAGUAAACACUCCUCUCAUUCUCUGCAGCUUUGGUUCACAAGAAUAGCUCUUUUGGUCAAGACGAAAUUGUUCAGUAUAGCGCUGGCAGAAGCUGAAACGUUCGGAGAACUGGAUAAGCCAGACAUUUUUUAUCAAUUUUAUCCAGAAAUGUACGGGGACCGACCAGGUUCUAUAGCAUCCUUUUCGUUUCGAUUGUUGCUUGCUGAACUGCCUAUGCAUUGUGGGAACUUCAUAGAUAGCCUUCCGAGGCUCUUUAAUCUCUGGUCAAUUGUCAAACAGAUUCAGAAUAAUCUGCAGGCCGGAUUAUGUGAAGAUGGAAACCAGAUGGGGAUAAGUGAAUCGGACAGAUCCAAUUCGGAACGACUGUGGAGAAGUAGAGAAAUUCGUCUGGUGCAUUCGAUUAUCGAUUGUGCCAUUUGUCUGAAGAACUUUCAGUUGGCGAUUGACCUCACAAAGGAGAUAUGCGAAAUAGAUGUAGCCAAUAAGCACACCCUUUUAUCAGCAUUAGGUCGGCUACAUUUGAUUGUGGGCGAUAUAGUUGGAGCCGAGACUAGCUUCAACAAAGCAAGCUCAUAUACGGAAGAGAAGGGGAUGAAAGAUAGAAAAUUGGAAGUUCGAUCACUGAUAGACAGAGGACUCUUGUGUAUUGCGAAUAAGAAUUAUAACGAAGCACUAAAUUUCUUUCAAGAAGCUAAAUCUAUAGAACCUAAUAAAACAAUGAUUUUGAAUAACAUGGCAGUGUGUCAUAUGUACAGUGGGAGACUGAAGGAUGCUAUAUCCAUAUUAGAGUCUGCAAUCGCGGCAAAUCCACCACAAGCGCUUCACGAAUCCGUUAUACUUAACCUUUGUACUCUAUACGACAUGGAAUCGUCGAAGGGGAGAAUGAAGAAGUUUGCUCUCUUGAGACAGAUUUCUCGUUAUCAGGCAGAUGCUCCGACAACUAUUCUGGAAAAACUGUACGGUUGAUGGAGGAGUUUCCUUUGUUUGAAGGAAAAAAAAGAAUGCUUCAUUUAUUGUUAUUACAAGUACACGAGUGGGUCUUGAUUGUGGAUGCUAACACCAUGGACAAAGUAUCCCUUUCCCCGAUAAUUUAUCGCUAAUUAGAUUGUGAAGACUAACAUUUGGUGUUAUCUAUAUGAUUUUCCAGCUGCAAUGUGCAACUGUGAUUCUCAAAUAAUUUUUAUAAUGAAAAUCGAUUCCAUCCUAUAAAUGUGAGCAUUUAGUAUUGAAGUCUCAAUCAGGUUAAUCUUAACAUUUUUAGCUAUUUUGAAAACGUUCAUAUUGAUAUGAGAACUAAAUUUUGCAUUGACCUGAAUUUCAAAAAUGAAAUCUAAAUUGUUUAUAUAGUUCAUUCCAAGAUGUUCGGAAUUGCGGAACAAUUAGAUUAUUUAAUAAAUAUUACGUGCUUUUAUUGUUAUUAUUUAUUCGUUGUAGUUAGAGCUGUUUUUAUAUUUGAAAGAACCUCCUAUUUGUUCUCUUAAAUUCUGUAGAUUAGAAUACCCUUUCUGUGAAAUCCAAAUAGUAUUAAUAUAUAUUUUUGUUGUAUAACGCUUGGAUAAUAAUGAAGAUAUCUCAAUAAAAUUUAUAUUUCUA